GGAUGACGUAGCUCUCACGUGACCAAGAGCUGACGUGUGCAGAAGUCCUUCUUGCUCUGGUCGUUGUUCCCGUCUGAGUACCAGCUCCCCAUUGCCCUGAGGGCGAGCGAGCCUGCGGCAAAGGGAAGAAGGAGGAGAAGGGAACUGUCCUGGAUCCCUGCAGUGGGUCCGAUCCUCUCCCAGUUGCCAGCCUUUCCAUAGUUUGCGGCACUACGCCAGGCAAGUGAAGAGGAAGGAAAUUAACCCUGAUCAGUGAAGGUCGAUUUGAGGGUCUGCUGUAGCAGGUGGCUCCACUUGAAGCAAGGGAGGAAGUUUCCUCGGACUGGUAGAGGUUCACCUCCAGUAGCAGCUAUUGUGGCCUUGAAGUGGCUGAAGACGAUCACCUUCCACAGGCUUGCACCCAGGCCCAUAGCUCUUCCUUAGCCUGAGUGACUACUCUGUUCCUUGGUCCCUGCUAUUGUCAGGGACGGUUGCAUGGGCUACGCCAGGAAAGUAGGCUGGGUGACUGCGGGACUGGUGAUUGGGGCUGGUGCCUGCUACUGCAUUUAUAGACUGACCCGGGGAAGAAAACAGAACAAAGAGAAAAUGGCUGACAGUGGGCCUGGGGAUGUGGAUGAUGUCGGAGGCUGUCCUGGGGCCAGGUACAAUGACUGGUCUGAUGAUGAUGAUGACAGCAGUGAGAACAAGGGUAUUGUAUGGUACCCACCUUGGGCCCGGAUUGGGACUGAGGCCGGGACUAGAGCUAGGGCCAGGGCAAGGGCCAGGGCUACCCGGGCUCGUCGGGCAGUUCAGAAACGGGCUUCCCCCAACUCAGAUGAUACUAUUUUGUCCCCUCAAGAGCUACAGAAAGUUCUUUGCUUGGUUGAGAUGUCUGAAAAGCCUUAUAUUCUUGAAGCAGCUUUAAUUGCUCUGGGUAACAAUGCUGCUUAUGCAUUUAACAGAGAUAUUAUCCGUGAUCUGGGUGGUCUCCCAACUGUUGCAAAGAUUCUCAAUACUCGGGAUCCCAUCGUUAAGGAAAAGGCCUUAAUUGUCCUGAAUAACCUGAGUGUGAAUGCUGAAAAUCAGCGCAGGCUUAGGAUAUACAUGAAUCAAGUGUGUGAUGACACGAUUACUUCUCGCUUGAACUCAUCUGUGCAGCUGGCUGGACUAAGAUUACUUACAAAUAUGACUGUUACUAAUGAGUAUCAGCACAUGCUUGCUAAUUCCAUUUCAGACUUUUUUCGUUUAUUUUCAGCAGGAAAUGAAGAAACCAAAUUUCAGGUUUUGAAACUCCUUUUGAAUUUGGCUGAAAAUCCAGCCAUGACUAGAGAACUGCUCAGGGCCCAAGUACCAUCUUCACUGGGUUCCCUCUUUAAUAAGAAGGAGAACAAAGAGGUUAUUCUGAAACUUCUGGUCAUAUUUGAGAACAUAAAUGACAAUUUUAAAUGGGAAGAAAAUGAACCUACUCAGAAUCAAUUCAGCGAAGGUUGCCUUUUUUUCUUUUUAAAAGAAUUUCAAGUGUGUGCUGAUAAGAUUCUGGGGAUAGAAAGUCACCAUGAUUUUUUGGUGAAAGUAAAAGUUGGAAAAUUCAUGGCCAAACUGGCUGAGCAUAUGUUUCCAAAGGGCCAGGAAUAACUUCUUGAUUUUGUAGCUUAGAAGCAACACACAAACUGUUCCUUUUCUCUACCUUGUUUAUAUGGUAAAGGAAUCCUUUCAGCUGCCAAUCUUGAGUAAUGAAUAUCAUAUUGUAUUAUCAAUGCUGAUAUUUAUCUGAGUUGGUCUUCAGAUCUAAGCUGGAUGAAUGAAUAUCACUACCUGUUCUGAAAACAUGUUUGUUGCUUUUUAUCUCGCUACCUAGAUUGAAAUAUUUUUACCAUUUCUUCUGCAUAAGUGACAGUGAACCAAUUGGUCCUAGUAAAGUCUUUCCUGUCAUUGGCAUUGAUUUCAUUUGUGUAUCAAUAAAGUUGUGUGCUAAUGCUGGAAAAAAGAGAAAGAAGAAAGAAAGAAACCAUCCUUGUCCUUCUGUUUAUAAUCUAGUUGGAGAGAUAAGAAACAUACAAACAAAAUAACUGAGGAUAUCUGGAGCAUAUACUCAUUGUCAAAAUGUCCUUCUCAGAGCACAGAGGAAACAAAGGCUUCUGCAGGAUACAGUAGUCAGCUACAGAUUCAUGGGGGAAGCAGCCAUUUAAAAGGAGUCCUGAAUUAGGGCAUUCCAUGAGAUGGGAGUGAGGGGUGGCUGGUGUGAGAAAGGCAUGGAGGUAGGAACUUUCUUCCUAUGACACUGAGGAGACUUGUCUGCUUAGAGUGGAGAGUGUAAAGAAUGGAAGUAAAUAAAUUUGGAUAGCAGGGUGAAGCCGGUUUGUGGAGAGCUGUUUGAAUAUUAUCCCACUGAACACCAAGAAUUACUAUAUUAUUGACUAGAAAGAAUACUUGGAAUUCACAUAAAAUUCCCUCUUACCUACUGUGCAUUGUCCAUGAGGGUGUGGCAAAGUGGACCCUUUCAAGCCUUGUUGGAAGCACAAGGUUUGUGGAGGGCCACCUACAAGGCUGUUCAUCUCAGCACUGUCUAAAGUAGAAAAAAUUGGAAACAAGUGUCUGGCACAUUGGAUUGGUUAAAACAAUCAAGGAAUGUUCACACUAUAUAUGAUAAAUAUGUUGAUUCAAAUUUAUAAUCCAUAUUGCCCAGAAAAGAUACUCAUCAUGCAUUGUUAAGUGAGAAAGGUAGGUUAGAUAGUGGUGCUCAUAGUGUGGUUCCCUUUUUUUUUAAUAAUAAAACAUAUUUAAAUAGACACUAAAAACUCUGAAUUACAGACACCCAAAUAGUAACAGUGAUUAUCUUUGGGUGAAUGGAUAAUUAGUGAUCUUUACAUGUUUACUUUUUAUUCAUCAUUGUGUUCUUAUUUAUCUAAAAUGAAUAUUGUUUUUUUAAUUAAAAAAAGAAAGUGUUGGGAAUGAAGCAGGUGAUUGAUUGGAACAUGUAGUGAGUGGAAAAAAUAGAUUAAAAAUGAGAUGGGUUGAAGUUUCCUCUCUGAAAUGAUGAGUGAAGAUGGGGCUGGUGAGGAUUAAAUGAAGUAAUACACGCAAAAUACUUAGAAUGUUCUGGCACAUAGCAGUUAAUUAAGAAAAGCAAACACCCUUAAUUCCCUAGAAUGCAGGGUUUAUAGUUUUUUUGGAUGACUUUAUUUUGCUGGGGGCAUUCUGCCAUGUGUCAGUGUAAUUUAAUAAAUCAUAACAAUAAAGGUUAGCAUUAAGUGA